CCAAAAAAAACCAGCCAUGUUGCGCGUACUAUCACGUCAAGCGUUCUCAAUGGUUCGAGCAGCCAACUUCUCGGCUUCAGCUUCAUCAGCCGGUGGUGGCGGACUUAGCGAUGAAGUUCGCAAACGAAUCGACGGAAUCGUGAAAAAAGAUGAUGUUGUCGUUUUUAUGAAGGGAACACAACAGGAGCCAGCGUGUGGAUUCUCGAGAAAUGUUAAAUUGGUUCUCGACUUCCACAAUGUAAAAUUCCAAGACUACAACGUUCUGACCGAUCAGGAGCUAAGAGAAGGUGUCAAGAUUUUCAGCGAAUGGCCAACAAUUCCACAAGUCUAUGUGAAGGGAGAGUUCGUCGGCGGAUGUGAUAUUCUCAUUUCAAUGCACAAAGACGGAGAGAUUUCCGACUUUUUAGACGAAAAGGGAAUCUCGAAUAAAUAUGGGAAGCAAUGAAUAAUCCUGUUAGAAAUUUAGACGUUUUUUUUUCGAAUAAAGAUUGCAUUAUUCA